AUGGUGGUCAUUCUCAACAAGACUGACCUGCUGCAGCCCAACAAGAGACAGACCUUCAUCGACAAGAUGACCAAGAGACUGCACAAGACCCUAGAGAACACCAGAUUUAAAGACUGUCCUGUGAUUGCCGUGGCAGCGAAGCCUGGGGGUCCUGAGGCCCCUGAAACAGAGGAACACCAGGGAGUGCCUGACUUAAUGGAGGUAAAGACCCUGAACACACUGGUGCCCCAGGAUGUGCCUGCACUAUUAGCGAGACCCGGGGGAGCCCUGCUGAUGGCGGUGCACCACUGCUUCUCCAGCCGCGGUCAGGGCACGGUCAUGACCGGAACCAUCCUACAGGGGGCGCUAGCUGUCAACGACACCGUGGAGAUCCCAGACCUCGAGCUACGAUUCAGAUGUUCCGGCAGCCGGUGUGUGGGGCCAUGCAGGGUGACCGCAUGGGUAUGUGUGACCCAGUUUGGCCCCAAAUUGCUAGAACGGGGGGUGGUGUGUACCCCUGGCUCCCUACACACCCUCCAUGCUGCCCACAUCUCCGUCAGAAAGAUUGGCCACCCGUGCCAAGUUCCACAUCACCGUGGGCCACGAGACCGUCAUGGCCAGGGUCACCUUCUUCGGUCUGCCCCCUGGGGAGACCCCCCCAGACUCCCAACACGGACCCCCAACCACCACCCUCCGACCCCCACUCCCCACUCCCCUCAGCCAGAACCCAGCCCCCUGAGCUCACCCUUCUCCUUUGACCGGGAGUACUUCCACCAGGACGAGUAUGUGAUUGGUCAGCGGGAGGCCGGAGGAGCUAGGCCAGACCCGAAGCAGUGGGCGCUGCUGGAGUUUGAGCGUCCGGUCACGUGUCCCCCUCUAUGCCUGGUGAUAGGCUCCAAGCUGGACACAGACAUCCACGCCAACGCGUGCCGGCUGGCGUUCCAGGGACGUCUGCUGGAGGGCUUUGAGGAGAAAAGCUAUUCUGAGACUACGCUACCCAGACUACGCAUCUACAAGACCAAACGCAAGGAGGGAGCGGUGGAGAGGAGGGUCUCAGUCUAGAGACUUAGCAGCUCCUCUCCUCCACCUCCAAGAAGAAAGGAAAGGGUGGGGCUAAGGGGGAACUAGCCAAAGAGGAAGAUGCCAAGAUGGACACUCAGCCAAUCAACAUCAGCCUCCGAUUCAAGAGAUACGUUUUUGACCCCCACAAGAAGAUGGUUCAGUCUUGAGGUGCAUUCAGUUCACUUGAACGUUUGCUACGUUGUGUUGUUCAGUACAAACCGCUCCACGUUUCCCCAAAACGUUCUUGUAUGUUCUUGAACAGACUUUGUGCUACGUUUGGUGGGUAUGGCGAGGUGUGGCUUGAAGCAAUGAGUGACGAAUUUAAAGGGCAGCGGUCAUGCUGACAGCGUUCCCAAACCCACAACCCCUCCCCAUUUUUAAACUGGUUGUUCAGUACAGCACUGUUUCUGUUCAAUUGAACGUUCCAGAAUGUAAAAACCAACAGACCGCAGCCCUGACCUUUGCAGCAGUAGCUAGAAGAUGAGAACAGAGUGGUUAAAAAAAGUGACUACACUGUUCUCCUCUUCGAGUUGAAAGUAACGAAUACUAUAUUUUCAAUACAUUUUUCCAUGAUAGGUGAAUAAAUGCUUGCACAAAAUAAGAAAAGGUGUGUCAGCCAUGUUACGGUAAUGAUGGAAAGAUGAGAGAGUGGUUCAGAGACGGUGUAAAGGCUGGCCUCUGUAUCUGGAGCACAUAGUGCCUUCAGAAAGUAUUCAUACCUUUUGACUUAUUCCACAUGUUGUCGUGUUACAGCCUGAAUUCAAAAUAAUG